AAAAAAAAAAAAAGAGGCCACAGCCCUGAAUCAUUUUGACCAUCAGUGAUACCCAGAGCACGUUAGCGGGCGGCACUCACGCUUUUUGACUGCGCGCCGGCCACCCCGCUUCGUUCCUUCUUCCCUACUAUUGCCCAGUCCGCAUUCUCUACUCCGGAUCAUUCAACGACUGCGCUUCCUGUUUGCCAUCCUGCCAGAAGACCACAAUGUCCAACCCCAGCAACUAUGGCACGCGUGCCAACGCACUCUCCGAAUUCAAUGAUUUCAUCGGCGGCGACGACGACGGCCCGCUAGGCCGCCUUGGUAGCGCGAGCGGUGAAGACGUGAAGUGUUCGUCGCUUGCACUGCCUACUCUCCCCUAUGCUGCCUCGUCUAUUCUGCCUCGGUCGCUGAAGCGAGCCGCCACCAGCGAGAUUGCCGAUCUUCACGGCUCGCGUUAUAAGCGAGCCCACGGCGUCGCUCUUAGCGCUAGAAAGGACGUCGACGAGACGAGAGCUCUCGACGACGGCAGUUGCGAGCGUUGUCUAAUAAACGGUUAUCACUGCGAGUUCGAGACGACCUCGGAUGCGACCUCUUGCUCAAAGUGCAACAGUAGCGGUGCUUCUUGUCGCCCUGUCUUUCCAUCCGUGAUCGAGGCUUUCCGCAACGCCAAAAAAGUUUCCCGUAUUGCCGGCGAGGUAGAGGGAUAUGGUCGCGUCGAUACAGCGCUCGCCACUCCGGCAACAACCGGCGCAGUGCUUGACGACCCACAGCAGAAACCCGGUACCACGAAAGCCGGCAAUUUUGCUGUCGGCUGUAUUGGCAAUUCCGACUCGUUUGCAAGCGGGGCUCGUUCCACAGAGGGGAACAACGAACCCCUACAUCAGCGCCAGGACGAGCUGGGUCGACGCCAGGAGAACCUAGAAGCACAGGUGCUUUCCAUCGCACAAUUCGUUGGUCAACGCCAGGAGAACCUGGAGGCACAGUUUCAAGCCGUUGCUGGGCUUGAUUCGUGAAUUAGGGGUUAAGUCAUGGCCACGGGUUCUCAGGGACGAGAGCGGGCGCAUUGGGUUCUGCCUCUCUGGCGGCGGAGCGUCCUCUCGGCGAAUAAGUGUGUGACGUCUGAGGGGGGGUUGUUUUCUCUUUUCCUUUAUUUUCUAGCUAGCUAAGACAAUACCCGAGUGAUGCGUACCUCGCUCUAGUACCUCGCUAUGGUGUAGUUGCGGCUCUCUACUUUGUGGCUGCGGCAUUCAGGUACUGGCUACGUCGAUGAUAAAUCGCAUCAUUCGAACAGACUAGUUAAUACCUUGAUAAGAAUAGUC